AUGACUAGCGCAACAAGUAAUAAUACUGCUCGGAUACCUACAUCUCACACAUUAUGGUCACCGUAUGACACUGUGAGAGACGCGGCCGAAAGUUUAGGUAUUUCAAGUCAACUAACUGAGGACGUGGCAAAGAAUUUGGCCAUGGACGUCGAGUACCGUAUUCAUGAAAUCUUGGAGCAAGCAUUGAAAUUCAUGAGGCAUGGCAAAAGGAAGAUACUCACAGUAUCGGAUGUUGACAGAGCUAUGAAAGUUUUAAAUCUAGAACCAUUGUACGGCUAUGACGUUUCGAGACCUCUUGUGUUCAAAGAAGCAAUGGUUGGUCCUGGUCAAACACUGUAUUAUGUUGACGAUGACGACGUGGAAUUUGAAAAACUUAUCAAUCAGUCACUUCCUAAAGUUCCGAGAUUUACAUCAUUCACUGCCCAUUGGCUUGCAAUUGAGGGUGUGCAGCCAACAAUCCCUCAAAACCCAAACCCUGGCGAGAUCAAACAACUACCCCCUAAUCAAAGGGGUUCGGUUGAUAACAUACUGAGUCUGAACAAUGAUGAUAUUUCUUUGUCUACCAACCCUUCUAACGGAUUAACAACAGUUGAGCAAAACUCACAAGGAAGAAAGAAAGAUCUUGAUGUGAAACCUCUUGUCAAACAUAUGCUCUCUAAAGAGCUUCAGCUGUACUUUGACAAAGCUGUUGCUGCACUACUUGAUGAGACCAAUGAAAGCCUUCGUGCGGCUGCUUUGGAAUCAUUAGAAGCUGAUCCUGGACUACACCAACUUGUCCCCUAUUUCAUUCAAUUCGUCGCCGAAACAAUUACACAUAAUUUGAAAAACCCAACGACCUUGACAACAAUGUUAAUGGUGAUAUACUCUCUACUAUCCAACAAAUCUAUAUUUCUUGACCCAUACAUUCACGCUAUAAUGCCGUGCAUACUCACUCUUCUCCUUGCCAAAAAUUUAGGAACACGGUCAGAAUCAGAAGAUGAUAGAGAACAGUUCAGAAUUAGGGAGCUGGCUGCUUCUCUUCUCCAGAGAAUCAUCCGAGAAUAUGGAUCCUCCUACACAACUCUUAAACCCAGAAUAACGAGAACUCUUUUGAGGGCAUUCCUUAGCAGCGCCACGAAGAAUUCAGUUGGAACGCAGUUUGGUGCAAUGAAGGGCAUGAAAUCUUUGGGGAAAGAAGUGAUUCGAAUCAUCAUGGUUGGGAAUCUCAAGAGUUGGUCCACCUCCAUUUUAGAAGGCCUUGAUGAAAAUUCUACUAGCUAUAGAAUACUUACUGAAAAUGUGAUGGAUUGCCUCAGUACGAUGACCGACGAUGGCAAGCUUAGCAAGCCAUCGACAAUCGAAAGUCACAAUGCGAGCAACCCCCACGGCCUAGGGGAUGACGAAUUGCAGAAACUGAGGGAGCGUAUAGGUGAUAUUCUCGCUAGGGAGGUCGCUUCCCAACCUAACGCACAAGAGAUAUACGGCGGGAUAUUUUUCGGGGAAUCAUGA